GCUCCCACCCUGGCAGUGGCUGCUCUCUCAUCGCCCCGGGGGCCCCCGUAGGCCUCUCUCUGACCCCCCCGGCCCCAGCUUUCCUGUUGGGUAUUUUCUGGGCCCAGGGUUAGUUUCUGCUGGGCCGUAGCCUUUGUCCCUGCUGCCCUCAGCCAAAGAGAGCCCAGCCCCCCGCUGUGACCCCGGCCCUGUGCCGAGGCCGGGCGCGGGGGGGCUCCGGGCACUGCUCUGAGCGUGCUGCGGGGAGAGGACGGGGAGUCCCCUGGCAGCCUCCCCGCCCCCCAGCUCAGGCAGUGCGAGAGGCCCCAGGCAGGGGAGGAGAGGGGAAAGGCCCUGAGGCAGGCAUGGGGCAGAGCAUGGGGCAGGGGCUGGGCAGCUGCCUUCAGACACCGGCCCCCUCGGAGUCUGGGCAAGAGGCUGCCCCGGCCCCUUGGCGUUCACGGUUGGGGGUCAGCGUCUGGGGCUCCUGCAGAUCCUCCUGUGCUCCCCACGGGCCCCACAGCACCACGCCGCGGGGAAACAUGCAGCCGCUGGGCAGGGUGCUGGCUGUCGCUGGGGCCGUGGUGCUGCUCCUGGCCAUUGUGGCUGCUGACGAGCCCACCAGCCCUCCGGACCCAACGCCCCCUGCCGGCGGCCAGGAACCAGAGCCCGUCAGCCGUGGCAAACUGGAGGCGUCGGGAGACAGUGAGCCCACCAGCCCCCCGGAGCAGCUCACCAGAGGGGUGACCCCGGUGAGCCUCGGGGUUGCCGAGCGGUUGCUCACCGACGACACGCACCUGGGCGGCCUGGACGGGGACUCCGCCAGCCUCGACGCCCUCAACAGCGGCACCUUUAACCUGGACCCCCUGGCUGGGGACGCCCAAAGCGGUCCUGCGGGAGACUUGCCUGCUCAGUCCAACGAGUCGCAAGAGAGUGUGGACCACGACACCGACUCGGAGGAGGCCCUGGCAUCUCAAGGGAUGUGAGGGGCAGGGUCCCACGCUGGAGCUGCCACGGAGCCCCGAUGGACAGCAGCUUCCUGCCUUCUGCCAAGCUUCCUCGCUCCCCACCCCUGGCACUGCCCGGGUACCACUCUGCCCCCUCCCCGCUGCCCUGGCUGCUGUUACCGCUCCAGCCGGAGCCGCCGGGAGUCCUGCAGCUCGCAAGGCUUAGUCCCUGCCCCCCACUCCCCACGGUGCAGCCCCUCGGCUGGAGUAAACCAGCCCUGACGCCCACCAAGCCGCACAGAGCGACCCCACCCUAGGGAUCCGGCCCAGCCCCUCCAGCCAGGAGAGAUCCCCCACUGGCCCAGCCUGCCGCUCCCGCUCUGCAAGAGCUGCUGCCAACAUCCCCUGCCCCACCCCCCCAACGCCUCCCCCAGAGCCCCGGGGUCCCAGCGGGUGGCACCUUGGCCAAGGCGUUGCUGCUGCAGCAGGCAGGGCAGGAGCGCAGGCUGCAGGCAGCUCGGCUGCUCCACUCCCCGACUCUCCCAGGGGCGGUGCUGGCUCUGCAGGGGCACCCAGCCGCCACAGUCCCACAUCCCAGCCGGAAUCCCAGGGGCUCCAGCGGUCGCCCCUCUGCCCAAGGUGCCGGUCAGUGCGCGUGGGCUCCAGCACGAGUCCCGCCGGGGCUCCCGGUGGGGAGCCGGGUGCAUGGCGUUAGCACAGCGCUGGGCACUGGCCAGGGGCCUCGCCUGCUGCCCCGGGCCGACCUGGAACUUCCUACUGCCUCUGGCCCUCGUGGAGAAGGGGCACCUCCGACGUGUGCCUGGCGAGGGGCUCAGCCGGUGCCGGCCUGGCAGGAGAUGCACCUGCUUUGCUGCUGACCCCCAGCCGAGUGGAGCUGCUAACAGCUCUCGCCACUCUGCCCCCUCCCCUGUAUCCCUGCCGCCGCUUAC